AUGGCCGGUUUAUUGCGGACUACAUCAAUAUCAGAGAGUGAGAACAGUUUCUUUGACAAAUUCAACCGUAGAUCUGACACAUUGACAGAAUUUUAUCUUCGAUAUGAGAGUGCUAUGGAGAAGCAAAGGCAUACAAACGCAAGAUUAAACUAUGAAGGAACGAAGACGAUGCCAAGAAUGGACACGCCAUUGUUAUUGGAGAGGGAUGCAGCAGAGUUGUACACUCGAACAAUGUUUUAUGAGGUACAGAGUGAGAUAAUGUCAUCCUGUUAUGAUAUGAGUAUCAACAGUAUAUCUGAAGAAGAUGGCGUGAAGAUUUUUUCCAUAAAGGACAAAAAGAGACAUGGAAAAAUAUUUGAGGUGAAACACGCUUACUUGAACAAUGACGUGCAAUGUACGUGUAGGCUGUUUGAGAAAAUGGGUAUAUUCAAGGAAAUAUCAGAACAGUGCAAUGCAAUUGAAGUUACAAAUCGCAAGUUGAAUGACAUAUGGUAUGAUUUCCAAUCCUGUGUGAGUUUGGCAGGUUUAGAUGGUGAGAGACUUGACUACCUGGAAGGGAAGUUGAAGGAGUUGAAGCACAGUUUGCGUGAAUCUAGUUGA